UCUUGUUCUGGCUAGCGGAACACAGGUCUGCGCUGAUGGCAGGCAGCUACCUGUCAACAACCUAGGAAUACGAGAAACUGAAGCCCGGGUUGCCUUUUGUCGUCUGCCUCUGUCAGGUCCUGCAGUGCAGACAAAUAAGGCUGCAGUGUUAUGGAAGAACCAUGAAGGCCCAAUUACAAGUCACUGUGCUUUCAGCCAAGCUGAAGGAAAACAAAAAGAACUGGUUUGGUCCCAGCCCGUACGUUGAGGUGGCUGUGGAUGGCCAGUCAAAGAGGACUGAGAAGUGCAACAAUACACACAGUCCCAAAUGGAAGCAGGCUCUCACAGUAAUUGUGACUCCGGUCAGCAAGCUGAUAUUCCGUGUUUGGAGUCACCAGACGCUGAAAGCAGACAUCCUGUUGGGAAUGGCAACACUAGAGAUCAGUGAGACUCUGAAGGCUAAUAACUUGAAAUUAUCUGAGGUGGUGAAAACACUGCAGCUUAGCUCUGACAGAGACCCCCGAGAUGUGGUAGGUGACCUGUCGGUCUGUCUGGAUGGCAUGCAGGUAGACGAAGAAACGUUUGCAACAGCAGAGAGAGAACAUGCCUCUGUUCCAAAUGGAAAUGCAAGACAAAAUGGAGACACUGGCAACAGGUCAAGCAGAGACACUUCCCCCUCCAGUGAUUCAGAGGAGUGGGUUAUUGUACCUAAUGGUCAUCCCGUCAAUGGUAAGAGUUCGCCAUCCCGAUCUCCAGGGGGCUCCGUCGCCUCGCGUCCUCCCAGACCAGCCCGACCUCCUCCUGCUACUCCUCGAAGACCUGCAGCUUCUCCGACCUCUUCGAGCAGUUCAUCCCCCAGUGAGCUAAGCGAAGGUCCAGCUUCCGAUGGCUCCUCUCAAGCGUCAGCUAGUGGGUGUUCAAAUCAGCAAGAUGACUCAGGUGCUGGAGGAGCAGCAGCUACAGGGCCCCCCUCACAAACAGCAGGUGGCCCCAAGCCAGGGACUUCCACCUUGGCACCUCCGGCCACAACAGCUCCCAGAAUCACACCAAUGAGCAAUGGACCUCUACCACCAGGGUGGGAGCAAAGGGUGGACCAGAAUGGAAGAGUUUAUUUUGUUGAUCACAUUGAGAAAAGGACAACCUGGGACCGGCCUGAUCCCUUACCUACAGGGUGGGAGCGCAGGGUGGACCCCAUGGGUAGAGUAUACUUCGUCGACCACAUAACCCGGACUACAACAUGGCAACGCCCCACUCAGGAGUCUGUGCGUAACUAUGAGGAGUGGCAGCACCAGCGUAGCCAGCUGCAGGGAGCCAUGCAGCAGUUUAACCAGAGGUUUAUUUAUGGGCUACAGGACCAGCUGGCAGCCACGGCCAAUAAAGAGUUUGAUCCUCUGGGACCUUUGCCUCACGGCUGGGAGAAGAGAACAGACACCAAUGGCAGAGUGUAUUUUGUUCAUCAUCCGACUCGGGCGACACAGUGGGAGGACCCGAGGACGCAAGGGCUGUUGAAUGAUAAGCCCCUGCCAGAGGGCUGGGAGAUGAGGUUUACUGUGGAUGGUAUUCCCUACUUUGUGGACCACAACAGGCGAACCACAACCUACAUAGACCCUCGCACAGGGAAAUCAUCACUAGAGAACGGGCCUCAGAUAACGUAUGUCAGGGACUUCAAAGCCAAAGUGCAAUACUUCAGGUUCUGGUGUCAGCAAUUGUCGAUGCCGCAGCACAUUAAGAUCACCGUGUCCAGGAAAACCUUGUUUGAGGACUCGUUCCAACAGAUCAUGAGCUUCCACCCUCAAGAUCUGCGGCGGAGACUGUGGAUAAUAUUCCCCGGAGAGGAAGGCUUGGACUACGGGGGUGUGGCCAGGGAAUGGUUUUUCUUGCUCUCCCAUGAGGUCCUGAACCCAAUGUACUGCCUGUUUGAGUACGCUGGCAAAGACAACUAUUGUCUGCAGAUCAAUCCCGCCUCCUACAUCAACCCUGACCAUCUCAAGUACUUCAAGUUCAUAGGACGCUUCAUUGCCAUGGCCUUGUUCCAUGGCAAAUUCAUCGACACAGGUUUCUCCCUCCCCUUCUACAAGCGAAUCCUGAACAAACCUCUGGCCCUCAAAGACCUGGAGUCCAUAGAUCCAGAGUUUUACAACUCACUCAUCUGGAUCAAGGAUAACAACAUAGAAGAGUGCGGCCUAGAAAUGUUCUUCUCAGUCGACAAAGAGAUUCUCGGUGAGGUCACCACCCACGAGCUGAAACCAGACGGAGGGAACGUCCAAGUGACGGAGGAAAAUAAAGAGGAAUAUAUCAGGCUGGUGGCAGAGUGGAGACUCUCCAGAGGCGUGGAGGAGCAGACUCAAGCAUUCUUCGAGGGUUUCAAUGAAGUUUUGCCCCAGCAGUACCUACAAUACUUUGAUGCUAAGGAAUUAGAGGUGAUGCUGUGUGGGAUGCAGGAGAUAGACCUGGUGGACUGGCAGAGAAACACUAUCUACAGGCAUUAUGCACGGAGUAGCAAACAGAUCCUCUGGUUCUGGCAGUUUGUAAAGGAGAUGGACAAUGAGAAGAGAAUGAGACUGCUGCAGUUUGUCACAGGAACAUGCCGUCUUCCUGUGGGUGGCUUCGCCGACCUGAUGGGAAGCAAUGGCCCGCAAAAGUUCUGCAUUGAGAAAGUUGGCAAAGAGAACUGGCUUCCACGAAGCCACACAUGCUUUAAUCGUCUGGACCUCCCUCCUUACAAGAGCUACGAGCAGCUGAAAGAGAAGCUCAUGUUCGCCAUAGAGGAGACUGAAGGUUUCGGACAGGAGUAACGCAGCAGGAUUGCAUGGAGGAGCAAAAUCCAUUUGCGACAAAAGCACCUUUCACCAGAGUCUCCCUGCGGCCAGGAGCUGCUUAUAAACUGGUAGAUGGAUGCACGCUAUCGUACACAGUAUCAUCUGAUCCUAAGCUGUGUCAUUUAACCUCCAUUUAUCCCCACAAAGACCUGUGAAUCCUCCUCAGCCUGUUGCACUCAUCACCUGUUUGAUCAGUCCCACCCUCGUCACUCAGCCCUGCUCAGCCCACUAUCAGGCUUUGGAGGCCAAAGGGGACGCCUUUCUCACCCUGUCGUGUCUGCACUCGCUGUAAGGUUGCGUAAGUGCAGUUUCUACACGUAAAUCAGUGAAUCUGUGCUGUUGUUACUUCUUAAGAGCCGCCAUGUUGGAUCUUUGCACUAGAAUUAAUAACUUCAGAAGAAAAAAAAAACGUUUGUGCAAAUAAGCUUCAUAUGUAAAGCUAGGCGUGGGCACAAAUAGGUUGUUGGGGUCAGACUCAACUUUAUUUUUCCAUUGUUAAAAGUGGAUGAACUGAUAGAUGUUUUUUUUUUUGUUUUUUUUUAACAGCUGACUGACCGGAGUGACUCUUGUAGCACCUAUAUAGUUUCUUUAACAACUUUGAUAAGUAUAUUAAUGAUGAUUAAAAUGCUUCUGUUAUUUUGUCAGGUUGAUUUCUUAGUUUUUUAAUGAGUUGAAACGUUGAACUUUGCACAUAAUUGAGCGAGCAGUUGGGCGGAUGUGAUUGUUCCCUAAGAGAGGUUGUAUUUUUUAUGUGCAAUAGUUUUGUAGAAAACACUUUUGCUGACGAUAGAGCCAAACAGUGAUUUCUUUAAUCAUUUUGUAAUGUCAUUUGGUAACUUUCAGCAUAAACUCCUGAUUUAAACUCUCAAUAUGAAGUAGGGAACAUUUGCGUAAUUGCAGGUGUUUACAGAAGAACUGGUUUGGAUUUGAUUUGACAAACUUUGCCUUCCCGUAAUGAUCCAUGCUGUUAAUCUUUUCAGCCGUGGAUAGAUGUAUGAUUUGUUACUAAUGAAGUGGGAACAUUAGGAGAGAACAAUGAUGUGAUAAAAUAUUCCCCUUUCCCACUGAGCGGUAGCCAUUUCUUUGCUUGAUAUCCAGAAGGUUGUUUUUAUCACAGAUAUAAAAUCCUAACUGUUAAGGAUGUGCUAAGUUACUAAUGAAGUUUAUGUAAAUAUACUUACAGAGUAGAAAUGUGUUUGAUAUCUUAAUGCAUUAGUUCAUCAAAACAGUGGACCCCUUUGAUUCGGGGGUCAUAUGAUAACUAGGAUUUAAAUUAAUGUUGUAGUAAACUGCCCUAGUUUUAUAGGGUGAGAGGCAUUCAGAUAUGUACAGCACAUGUGCAUUUCCUUUUCUUUUUUUCAAAAUAGCUCCACUAACAACAGCUCUAAGUUUUAUUUUAGUAUCAGGUAGAGUAUAACUUCAAGAAAAAACACUAGGGAACCUAUGUACCAAAGGAUAAUUAUUUUUUGUAAACCGUUUGGAGAGUCGUCAAGUGUAAUCAAUUCUUAAAACCCUUUAAAUUUCAGUUAUCUUACAACUACUAAGUUGUGACUUGUCUUUUUAUAGUAUAAGUGGCUAUGAAGUUAAAAAACGUUUUAAAAAAAGGUCAAUAAAAAUAGAGCGAACAUUCACUGUCUUAAUUGAGAUACUUUCAUGACUAAUUACUGUCCAAGUUUUUAAGCCGUUUAGUCCGUGUUUAGGCAGCGUGGUGUGAAUGACGUGAUAUAAUUUGAACGUGUAUCUCUGGUUAUUGAAAAUUGCAAUGACAAAAUCAGUUUGAGUGAGUUCCUUUUAUUGAAUAGCAGUACCAGUCUCACGUUAAGAAAAAAAACAGGCUGUCUCAAUGCCUCAGGCUUCCCCUCACUGACCCCCAAACAGUGUGUUAACUCUCAGUUCAUGCCGGUGACCGCUCAAUUUCUGCUUAGCUGUGUAAGAUGUUUCCUAACCCCUCACAUCUUCCCCUUACUGGCAGCAAGUCAGUACACACAGACUAGUGAAGAGAUUACUUUAAGAUUAAAAAAAGAGAACCUUGUUUAAAAAAGGUUUUUGUGAUUACAGUGGGACUUUUUAUAUUUAAACUGACAACAGCUUAUCAUAAAGCACCUUUACACUCCAAACAGGUUGAACUAACCACUUCACUGUUCAGUCACUGCUGUGCUCCGGACCAUGGAGCAGUUCAAUGUGUAAAAAUAUGCAAAAUAGUGUUUUGUUGUAUUGAUUGAAUUGUAAAUCAUGUUGAUAGUGUAAUCACUGUUUUUUGAGGCUCUAACUUUUUUCAUAAGUCAAAGUCAGUGGUUGAAAACUAUUUAUUUGGAUGAUGGGUUUCAUGUAACAAUGGACUGGAUUGAUUGAAGAAAAAAAACAACAAUAAAAUGAUUAAAACACUGGGCUCCUGCAGAAAA